GGUUUCUGCCUGUGAAUCAGCCUGCUAUUGGAGACAGACCAGGAACUGCAGCAGAAGACACAAGCAAGGCAGUCAAAGCAGAGCCCCAAGAUGUGGUGUCUCCUCGUGUUGCUCUGCUCCCAAGGAAUUGUCUUUUCAACAGGAUUUAGAACACCCUCCGCUCUGAAUUCAGACACAAGCCAGUACAGGAAGACUUACAACCCUGAAACCUUUAUGAACGUUAGUGAAAUCAUCAGAUAUCAUGGAUACCCCAGUGAGGAAUAUCAAGUUACCACAGAAGAUGGAUACAUUCUUGGUGUUUUCAGAAUUCCUGCCGGGAGGAACAAUCAAAAUACAGGGAAAAAGCCUGCAGUGUUGCUACACCAUGGUACUUUAGGAGACUCUAUUCACUGGAUUUCUAACCUGCCCAACAACAGCCUAGGCUUCAUCCUCGCAGAUGCUGGCUAUGAUGUCUGGUUGGGAAACAGCCGUGGAGAUACCUGGUCUUUAAAACACAAGACCCUUAAGCCCUGCCAGAAAGAAUUCUGGCAGUUCAGCUUUGAUGAAAUAGGUAAAUACGAUAUUCCAGCAGAGCUGUACUUCAUCAUGAAUAAAACUGGACAGAAGGAUGUAUACUAUGUUGGUCACUCAGAGGCUUCAACUGCAGGCUUCAUAGCAUUUUCUACUUAUCCUGAGUUGGCCCAAAGGGUUAAAGUGUUCUUUGCUUUGGGACCGGCAGCCACAAUCACCUAUGCUACCAGUCCUCUGGUAACACUGACACGUCUUCCCCAAUCACUGAUCAGGUUACUAUUUGGCUGCAAAGGAACUCUUCAACAAAACGAACUGCUGAAGGGGCCUCUAACAGAGAUCUGCAGAACUCUGCAAAAAGUUUGUGGCAGCAUCUUCUGCUACAUAGCUGGGGACAGGAUAGAAAAUUUGAAUACGAGUCGAAUAGAUACAUACAUAGGACAUUAUCCUGCUGGAACAUCGGUACAGAAUGCUAUUCAUUGGCAUCAGCUAACACGUGCAGGCCAAUUCCAAGCUUAUGACUACGGCUCUAAGGAAAACAUGAAGAAAUACAACCAGUCUACUCCUCCUACGUACACAAUAGAGAAGAUAGGCACACCAAUUGCUGUUUGGAGCGGCGGACAGGACAAAUUUGCAGAUCCAAAAGACAUGGCAAAUCUACUUUCUCGGAUUCCUAAUCUCAUUUACCAUGAGCAUUUUCCUGCUUGGGGACAUCUUGAUUUCAUCUGGGGCCUUGAUGCAACUGAGAAAAUAUCAAUACUACAUAUUCCGCCCAAGACAGAGGUGUUAUCCCCUGAAAAUCCAGAAAUGGGAGAUACUAUUUCUCUGUUGAAGUAUUACUGAUCUAUUUUAAAUUAAAUUAUCUAUCCUCUUGAUAGAGUGUUUCACCUGUUUUCCUUUCCUCACAUUACCAACAGCAGCAAGCCAGACCCAAAAGACCUUCACUUGUAAGACUACACUGACAACUAAGCAAACAGUAGUUGGCUUUAAUGGCCCAAAUGCCGGGGAAUCUAAACUCAGAAAACCUCAGCCAGAGAAGUCACUUGACUGUUGGACAGAUGCAGAUACCCAUUUACCCUCACACUAACUAAUUGUGAAUGCCCUUACAAAGAGCACUACUGCUUUCAUGCUCAUAACCUGGCAGCUGAGGACUGAAGAGAUGCAGACAUAGCAGCAGCCUGAACACAAAGAACAGCAGCAUCCAUCUUGAGAAAUAUUCCUGGCAUUGUCAGUAAAGAAAUUGUUUCCAGCUCUUCUAGCGUCUCAAUUCACCCUGUUACUGUGUUCUACUUGCUCACCUACAAAAUUAUUUCAGGAGGUGAAAGAUCACAUUAAAGGGUUCAUCAUUACAGGCCAAGGACACAGUAGCUCAGGCACUGUGGGUGUUCCUGGGUGGGGGCUUAAAUCCAGAUUCCUCAAUCAAGACUUGUAGCAAAUGAAACUCAUUUGAUAAUAAUCGGGAAGAUAGAGAUCAAUAUAUAAGCAAAACAUGUUUGUCUCAUGCAGUGUAGAAAACACAUGCUAAGGAGAUGACACACCUCUAGCAGUCUGUGGUACCACUGGGAAUUGAGCUCAGAGCUUCUGGAGAAGUUUGCAGUCCAAGACAAAGAGAUUGUGAAGAGGCUACUCUCACUUGCACCACAUUAUUUAUAAACCCAUGUCCUGACCACCUCAGAGAACUCAGAACAGACCUAGCCCACCUCCACAACGUAGCAGGACAGACCCGGCACAGGCACAUCAGACAUUACACCCAAGACAAACACAGGCUCUAGGUCUGAAGGGAGGAAAAGCAGGAUCAAAACUUCCAGCUUAGGUAAAGAGGAAGUGAGCACCUCUUUGAACUGCCUGGCAGCAAAGCCCUUCUCCUCUGCUCUCACUCACCCUUUUGCAGCACCUCCUAACAUUCAGACAAGAGGCACACAACGAACCUGACAGUGUGAUGCUGCACAAAACAUAUGGUGGAAGGGAGGGAAAACAGAAUCACAACACCAAACUCCUUCUACCAUCACCAGUGGUGCCUUUUCCCUUGCUGCAGCAUCAGGGCUGACUAUGAACUAACUCAGAUUCUCCAUGAAUAUGGCUCUGCCUGACUGAAGAAAGCAAUGUGCAGACACUGGGAACUGCCCCUUCUGGGAGGUAAAUGAAGAGGGAAUAGCAGUUCCUCAAAACCUGGUUAUGUUGACACAGAUCUGAGAUUAAGCUCACUCAGCUUGGAAGCAGCCACCAACAACACUCAUGUUCAAACUUCUCUAGAGGGCCUUCCUAUGCUGUUCAAGAAGAAUCAGCUCCAGACACACCCUGCAAGAGGUUACAGGGAAGCAUUCAGGUCAGUGACCAACACUGCUUGGGAAAGGCACAACGCGUGGUCUCUUCCAUACUGAAAUGCUAAAUCAAUCUGAUGUCGAACCUAACAUCACCUCUGACCUGAGUUUUACAAAGGAUUGCCAAAUUCUCUAAUGGAAGACAACAAUUUCCAAAUGCUCAUCAGAUAGGCUUUCCACUUGCAAGAGUUUCCUGCAAUAAAAUGUUAUUGCCAUCCAUCAGGAACACAGGCCUGGAAUGGCCAGUGUCUGGACAACAGGACACUCAGCCCUUAUACUUCUCCUCCGAAGACUGUUAGGUACCCAGACAAUAUCCUUGCAGCACUGUAAAGGUCCCUUGCACAUCUGCUUCAGGAUGGGAUUAACAAAACAAAACCACUGAGCACAGAGAAACUGCUUCAUGGCAUAUAACACUUUAAGCCAAACUCAGUGAACAACAGGUGUUGCAUGAAAAACCUAAAAUAACAAGGUGUCUGAACAAACAGAAUUUUUAGUGCUUGCCCAAAUCAGUGCCUCCUGUUCUUAAAGCCAAGACCAAGGCCUGUUGCCCCACACAACAGCCACCAGCACUAGGAGAGGCACUUCAAGGCUGGGAUGCCAAGCUGCCAGAACAGCCAUGCGCACAAUGAAAGGAAGGAGGGGAAAUGCUCUUACCAUGCCUGGGAGUGCAGGAUGAGCUAAACACAAGUAUCUUAGACCUCAUUUAGACUUCUGUGUCCAGGUUUGGGCCCCAAGAAAGAUAUUAGUAUGAUCAACAUCUGCUGAACAAGUUCAGCAGAAGACCACCAAGGUCAUUCAAACUUCUCAAUGGAGUGACUGCUGUAGUGGAUAGACAUUCCCGGCAGGGACCUAGGACAACCCACAGCACUGCCCUGCGCAGCACUGCCUCCCCAGAACCCAGGCCGACAGCCCCUCUUCCACCGCAACCUCCUACCUCCCUCUACCUUAGGGGAGAAAGCCCCCUCUCUCCAGCCACCCCUCUUCGCAAACACCCCAACCCCACAGUGACCACCACACCUCCAUUUAAGCCUUCCUCCUCACCCACAGACACCUCCCCCAGCCACAGCGCUAACUGUGCUCCCGCUCAGCACCUGCGCCCGGGCGAGCGGUGUUUGUCCACCGGUACCCAGGCGGGCGUGGACUGACACUAGGGCCUGGGAACCGUGCGGGACGAGCCGGUUCCGCGCUGCCGUUCCCCCGGCCCGCUCUG